CGGAGAGGCUGUUCGCAGAGAUUCACUCGGAACAAUUUACUUUUGGAAAAUUGCUUUUUCGUUUAAUAGGGACGUUUCAGUUUCUCUUAAUCUAAAUCUUAAUAUAUAUAUUUUUUUGCAAAUCAUUAGACCUUUCGCCAUGGAGAUUUUACGAUCGGGAGACUAGAGGGGACACAAGGCUUCAGUUUUGAUCCAGGAUGAGUGUGGGCACCCCGGGUUCAGGAGCGGCUCCGUGCCGGUUCGCUCACUACUUCGUGAUAUGCGGCAUAGAUAGCGAAACUGGUCUGGAACCGGAUGAAUUAGCCGGCGAAAACUUUGAGCAGAGCCCCCUCAAGAGGACCUUCAAGUCCAAAGUCCUCGCUCACUUCCCGGAGAAUGUCGAGUGGAACCCCUUCGACCAGGAUGCAGUCAAUAUGCUCUGCAUGCCCAAAGGCCUGUCGUUCCGGACGCAGGCGGAUGAGCGGGAGCCGCGCUUCUACUCCUUCCUGAUCACGCGGGAGGACGGCACACGCACCUACGGCUUCGUGCACACCUUCUACGAGGAGGUGCGCAGUGCGCAGAUCCGCGCCGCCAUGCAGACGCUCUACCAGAUGCACCACGCCGAGCACACCUCCGGCAGCGCCUGCGCCUCCUCCUCCUCCUCCUCUUCCUCCUCCUCCUCCUCCUCCAGCAUGGACUCGCUGGCCAGCAGCCUGGACGAGGCCGACGCCCCCCCGCCGCCGGCCUGUGGGGGGCGGGGCUGCUGCUGCGGGGCGUACGACGCCGCGCGCGACACGCUCUACGCCUCCAAGGCGCUGUGCCUGAUCACGCCCAUGCCCUUCAUGCACGCCUGCCGGCGCUUCCUGGCGCAGCUGCACCGUGCCGUGGCCGGGCCCCGCCCCCCGCCGCUGCCGCUGGAGAGCUACGUCCACAACCUGCUGUACGAGGUGCCCCUCCCGCCGCCGGGGCGCUCCCUCAAGUUCCACGGCGUCUACGAGCCAAUCGUCUGCCAGCGGCCUGGCCCCGCGGAGCUCCCAUUGGCCGACUUCCCCCUUGGCGACGCCUUCCAGCUGCUGGGCGUGGAGAACCUGGUGCAGGUGUUCACCUGUGCCCUGCUGGAGAUGCAGAUCCUGCUCUACUCGCAAGAUUACCAGCGCUUGGUGACGGUUGCCGAGGGGAUCACCACUCUGCUCUUCCCCUUCCAGUGGCAGCAUGUCUACGUGCCCAUCCUGCCCGCCUCCCUGCGCCACUUCCUGGACGCCCCCGUGCCCUACCUGAUGGGCCUACAGUCCAAGGAGGGGACAGACCGCUCCAAGCUGGAGCUGCCCCAGGAGGCUAACCUGUGCUUUGUGGACAUUGAUAACCACUGCAUCGAGCUGCCGGAAGACUUCCCGCAGUUCCCCAACAAGGCGGAGUUCGUGGCGGAGCUGACGGAGGUGCUGCAGCGCUUCGGCGUGGCCCCACAGGGCGGCACGCCUGUCAGCCCCAGCCCCGCCCACCUGAAGAGCCUGGCACUGCACGAGCUGGUGGACGACCGGCGCAACGGGAACCUGGGGGGCGAGGCGCUGGCCGUGCUGGAGCGGCUGCAGGCGCUGGCCAAGCGCACGGGCGUGGCGGUGGAGGGGGUGGAGAUGCUGGGGCGGGGGGGCCAGGCGGGCGAUGCCCCGGGGCGGACCCCCGACGAGGAGGAGGAGCUGAGGGACGCCAAGCUCAACGUGCAGCUGAGGGAGGUGUUCGCCAGCCGCUUCACUGCCAUGUUUGCCGACUACGAGGCCUUUGUCAUCCAGGGAGCCCAGGACCUGGAGUCCUGGCUCAACAACCGCGAGCAGAUGCACAACUUCGACAAGGCCUCCUUCCUGUCGGACCAGCCCGAGCCCUACCUGCCCUUCCUGUCGCACUUCAUCGAGACGCAGAUGUUCGCCACCUUCAUCGACAACAAGAUCAUGUCGCAGUGGGAGGAGAAGGAGCCGCUGCUGCGCGUGUUCGACGCCCGCGUCGAGAGGGCCCGCCUCUACAGCGUGCGCGCCCCCGCCCUACGCUCCUCCCACUACCAGAGGUGCACCAAUCUGAAGGAGGCAGCCCAGGCCAUCGAGCAGAGGCUGAUGAAGAUCGAUCACACAGCCAUCCACCCCCAUCUGCUGGACAUGAAGAUCGGGCAGGGCAAAUACGAGCAGGGCUUCUUCCCCAAGCUGCAGGCGGAUGUGCUGGCCACGGGGCCAACCAAUAACAACAGGUGGUGUAACCGCACAGCCACAGCUCAGCGCAGGAGGGACCGCCACAGACAGCACUCUGAGCACCUGGGGCUGGAUAAUGACUUGAAAGAGCAGGUAAAGGGGUGUCUGGUCCAACAGAGCUCCGUGCCUUUCUGGGAGUGGGACAGGGCAUCACCCCUACCUGUUAAACCUCCCAAAAAGUCCCUCUCAGCAUGCUGCCUGAAGUACAUGCAGGAGGCACGCAGUCUGGGGAAGAACCUGCGGCAGCCGAAACUGUCUGACCUCUCCCCCGCCGUCAUCGCCCAGACCAACUGGAAGUUUGUGGAGGGUCUACUCAAGGAGUGUCGCAUGAAGACCAAGCGCAUGCUGGUGGAGAAGAUGGGCCGGGAGGCGGUGGAGCUGGGCCACGGCGAGGCCAACAUCACGGGCCUGGAGGAGAACACCCUCAUCGCCAGCCUCUGCGACCUGCUGGAGAGGAUCUGGAGCCACGGCCUGCAGGUCAAACAGGGGAAGUCGGCCCUGUGGUCUCACCUCUUGCAGUACCAAGCCCAGGAGGAUAAACCAGAGCAACAGGCUGAAUCCCCUGUUUCUAACGGACUGGAGAGGCGGAAGUCGGAGACGGGGAUGGGCCUACCGCUCCUGCAGGUGUCUCUCAUACAGGACAUGAGGCACAUUCAGAACAUGAGUGAGAUAAAGACAGAAGUGGGCCGAGCUCGGGCCUGGAUCCGUCUGUCCUUGGAGAAGAAACUGCUCUCUCAACAUCUCAAACAGCUGCUGUGCAACCAGGCCUUAACCAAGAAACUGUACAAGCGGUAUGCAUUCCUACGCUGUGAGGAAGAGAAGGAACAGUUCCUGUACCACCUCCUUUCUCUCAACGCUGUGGACUACUUCUGCUUCACCAGUGUCUUCACCACCAUCAUGAUUCCCUACCACGUUGUCAUCAUUCCCAUCAAAAACCUGAGCAACGCCAUGACCACCUCCAACCCCUGGGUGUGCGUCUCGGGCGAGCUGGGUGACUUGGGCGUCAUGCAGAUUCCCAAGAAUGUCCUGGAGAUGACUUUCGAUUGUCAGAACCUGGGCAAGCUCACCACCGUGCAGCUGGGUCACGACAACUCCGGGCUGCUGGCCAAGUGGCUGGUGGACUGCGUCGUGGUGCGCAAUGAGAUUACCGGACACACCUACAAGUUCCCUUGCGGUCGUUGGCUGGGAAAGGGCGUGGAUGACGGCAGUCUGGAGAGGAUCCUGAUUGGUGAACUGGUCGUCCCGAGCGGAGAGGAGGACGCGGCGAAGCAGUGCCGGACUCCGCCCCUUCAGCGCUCACCCUCCCAGAUCAGGCGCAUCAGCAUCACCUCCCUGACCAGCCGGAGCAGCAAGCCCAACGGGGGUCAGAUCCAGGAGGCCAUUGGGGAGGCAGUGAACAACAUUGUGAAACACUUCCACAAGUCAGAGAAAGAGAGAGGGAAUCUGACCAUCCUCCUAUGCGGUGAGAACGGUUUGGUCUGUGCCCUGGAGCAGUUCUUCCACCACGGCUUCAAGUCUACGCGCCUGUUCCAGAAGAACAUCUUUGUGUGGGACUUCGUGGAGAAGGCCAUGGCCUACCUGGACACGGCUGACCAGAUGGGCGAUCUGCAGGAGGCUCCCGAGCCGCUCGGCCUGACCUGCGAGACCUUCUGCCGCUACGUCAACGCCAUCAACUGCACGCCGCGGAGCAUCGGGAAGGACGGAAAGUUCCAGCUGCUGGUGUGCCUGGGCGCCAGAGACCGCUUGUUGCCUGAGUGGAUCCCCCUGCUGGUGGAGUGUCCGCUGAUCACACGCAUGUACGACGAGAAUGCCAUGCUGCGGGACCGCACAACCGUCAACUCCCUCAUCAACGUCCUGCAGACACUCCACGACUUCGACAUCACCCUCGAGUCCUCCCUCAUCAAGGGCAUUGACCUAUAGCCGCUAGGGAUUCUGGGAAACCACACCGACACCAUAAGACUCAUACACAAUGCUGGUGGAGGGCCAGCACAGGGAUGACGGGACAGCUAAAGGAGAUGGCAAGAGCGAUUCAAGACUAGAUCAGUCCCAAGCGUGGAAGAUAUUGCAUAAGUACAAAAUCUGAGAGCUCUAUGCAAGGAUGGGGGGCAGUAUUAUAAAGCUUUUUAUUUAGAGCUCGAGGUUAAAUUUACAAAAUAGGAUAUUUUCCUUGUGGUGGAUGUGGAUGUGUGUGAGCAUCUUUACCCUGAUCCCUGUAGUGUAAAAUUGUUAUGCUGAGAUUAUUUAGUCUCCUGGUACCUCCGGAAAAACCUUGUGCUUGUGCUGCGUCAUUUUACCGAUAUAGUGAAAUGCAGAUAAAUCCCUACCGUCUCGAGUUAGUACUGGGGUGCUUUGGGUCCGUAAUAGACCCAAAAGAAGAAGGACGUGUUUGUGUUGUGUUGUAAUGAACUGUAAUCCUGGUUGGACACCUCCUUGUCUCUCUAAUCUCUGCCCAGGAUCACUGUGUUUUGUGUCAUCCACUCCCCUUCCCCUCCUAAUGAUGAUGGGCAUCACUGCUCUGUACAUUACAUUACAGUCAUUUAGCAGACACUCUUAUCCAGAGCAACUUACAUCCGUUACA